UGACAAUAACACUCAUGUCAGACUGGACUGACAAACUUGUAGAAUUUGAAAAAGACCCAAGAAAGCCAGAUACGUUGCGCCCUGAAACAUUCACAGCUGACCAAGAAUGGCACUUAUGUAGAAAUGUGGUCACUGAAUCAACAAGUACUGUGUCAUCAGAGGGGAGCAGUGCUAACGACUACCCUCUCUAUCAUAUAAAGUGUCAUGUUAAGAGAAAAAGUGGCUACUACCUCUGGAAUAUUACUAUGAUUAUUUUUCUCAUUUCUCUCUUAUCAUUCUGUUCAUUUUCUGUGGAAAUCUCAUCGCCUUCUGAUCGACUCAGCGUCACAUUAACCCUCUUGUUGACAGCAGUAGCUUUCAAGUUUGUUGUUUCACAGAGCCUACCAACUAUUUCAUACUUGACAUUCCUGGACAAAUACGUUUUGUGUGGCCUUCUUUUCCUGGGUUGCAUGGCCAUUGAAAAUGCAGUUGCUGCCAUCAUUCCAGACGUACCAACUCAGAAAGAUUUUGAUCAAAUUUGUUUAUACGUUGCCGUUGGCUGCUUUGUUUUCAUCCAUGGGGUGUUCUUGGUUUUUGUCUUUGACAAGUCAAGAGCAAGAAAUAGAAUCCUCUCUGAAAAUGACAAGAAAUUCCGGGAGAUGUUGCAGAGUGUAAAAAAUUAUGCGAUGGAACGAGAACAAAGAACAAUACAGGAACCUGAAGCAAAAGAUGUAGAAAGAUCUCAACAAGACAAAGUUUUGGUUGUGCAGGCUUCCCCCAAUCAGGGAGAGGAAUAAUUUAACCAUCAAACUCUUUGUAACCAAUCAGGGCCAUUGCCUAGAUUUGCAGUCUUUGUAAUAUCAAUUUGCACUUUAAAUUGGUUGCCCCAAACCUCCAUUUCCCCCACCACACUUACACAUGUAUGCACCGUGGCUUCAUUGUAGGAGGCGGUGUGGCCGAGUGGUUAGGGUGCUGGACUUGUAAUCCAGUGUCCCGGGUUCAAGUCCUCCACCCUGCCACUCAC